AUGGUUAAUAUAGAUGACUUCUUUAAGUCUAAGGGGAAGAUCACUCAGAAACGAAAAGCAAGUGAUGAUCCACCACCAUCAAAGAAAGCAAAAGUAGAAUCACCUAAGAGAACAAAACAACAACAACCAGAAAUAAUUGAUUUAGAUGACGAUGAUGAUUUCGAAUUUAGUGAUGAUGAUGAUGAGAUAAUUGAAAUCACCAAACCCGCUACACCUAAGAAACGGACCAUGCAGACUGCAAGAAAAUCAGCUACCACGAGUCCUGUCAAGAUGCCUCAAUUAUCCAAACCAGCUCCUUCUAGUAGUUCUUCACCUAUUGAAAUUUCAUCGCCAGUCACACCUAUGAAACUGCCACGCCGUACAAAACAAACCGCCAGAAAAUCACCUACCAAGAGUCCGGUCAAACCAGCUUCUAGUAGUGCUCUUUCUCAAGCAAUAUCAGCCGAUGAUAUUCUCGCCACGAUUCCUGAUGCAAUAUUACCAAAAAUCGACGAAAAUGAAAAGAUCAACUUCUUCGCCCUAAACGCUCAAAGACAAGCCAAUCUGGGGAUGGGAGCCACCGUUGAAUUACCAGAAGCCCAACCAAAUUGUUUAAGUGGUUUAACUAUUGUCUUCACCGGGCAAAUGCCAAAUUUGGAUCGUGAUACUGCAGAAAUGACAGCGAAGCGAUAUGGAGCCAAAGUCACCAAAUCAAUCCUGGGGAAGACUAGUUUGGUUGUGAUUGGACAUGAUGCUGGUCCUUCUAAAGUUAAGAAAAUUGAACAAUUGAAUAUUAAAGCUAUUGAUGAGGCGGGAUUUAUUGAAUUGUUGAAUAAGAUGCCAAUUGAGGGUGGAUCGGGGGAGUUGGCCCAAAAGGCGAAAUUAAAACGUGAAGAAGAGGAACGAAAGAUUAUGGAAUUGGUUGAAGAGGAAGAACGAAAAGAGAGAGAAGAGGAAGAACGGAGAAUUGCCGCGCAGAAGAAGGCAACAGUAGUAAGGAGUGUUCCUGAAGUAGUCAAACCGGCAUCAACACCACCAGUGGCUGCAACUACCGGUAUGUCGGCAGAUGAAAUCCUUGCAACCAUUCCAGACGCUGAAUUACCAGACGUCGAUGAUUCCAAAAAGGUCAAUUUCUUUGCCUUGAAUGCGCAAAAACAAGCAAAUCAAACCAUGGGAGGCACGGUUGAAUUACCCGAUGCACAACCAAAUUGUUUAAGUGGCUUGACUAUCGUCUUCACCGGACAAAUGCCUACUUUAGAUCGUGACACUGCGGAAAUGACCGCUAAGAAAUAUGGAGCAAAAGUUACAAAAUCAAUCCUGGGGAAGACAAGCUUAGUCGUGAUUGGACAAGAUGCUGGUCCUUCAAAGGUGAAAAAAAUCAAACAAUUAAAAAUCAAGGCCAUUGAUGAAGCGGGAUAUAUUGAAUUAUUGACCAAGAUGCCAGUUGAAGGUGGAUCGGGGGAAUUAGCCCAAAAAGCGAGAUUAAAACGUGAAGAAGAGGAACGGAAGAUUUUGGAACAGGUUGAAGAAGAAGAACAAAAGGAACAAGCUGCUGAAGCGAAAAGAAUUGCCGAGCAGAAGAAGAACGCUACCCCAUUGGCCUCCAGUAGUGGUGCUGUAAGACCACCACCAUCGGUGGGAUAUUCUUCGGCUGAUAUACCUGCCAAAGAUAAAUUAUGGACCGAUAAACAUGCACCUACAUCCAUUAGUCAAUUAUGUGGGAAUAAAGGACAAGUAGCCAAAUUACGUUCAUGGUUAUCAAGUUGGUUUGAUAAUGCUAAAAAUGGGUUUAAAUCUAAGAAUGGGGAAGUUUAUCGGGCGGCAUUAAUAAGUGGUCCACCUGGGAUUGGGAAAACUACUGCUGCGCAUUUAGUUGCUAAAGAACUUGGAUUUGAUGUAUUGGAACAAAAUGCAUCUGAUGUUAGAUCGAAGAAAUUAUUGAAUGAGAAAGUUAAAUCAAUCUUAUCUAAUACUUCAGUAGUUGGGUUUUUCAAACAUCGAGAUGAUGUGGAUUCAAAUGCAAAUAGUAAGAAGUUUUGUUUGAUUAUGGAUGAAGUUGAUGGGAUGUCAAGUGGGGAUCAUGGUGGUGCUGGUGCAUUGUCGCAAUUUUGUCGGAUUACUCAUAUGCCAAUUAUAUUAAUUUGUAAUGAUAAAUCAUUACCAAAGAUGAGAACAUUUGAUAGAGUGACGUUGGAUUUACCAUUUAGAAGACCAAGUGAAACCGAAGUCAAGAGUAGAUUGAUGGCUAUUGCAUUUAGAGAACAUAUUAAACUUGAUCCUAAUAUUAUUGGAAAUUUAGUUCAAGCUACUUCAUCAGAUAUUAGACAGAUGAUUAAUUUAUUAUCAACGGUUUCGAAAACACAACAAAAUAUUGGCGCGAAUUCCGUGGCAGAAAUUAGUCAAUCAUGGAAAAAACAAGUUAUUUUAAAACCAUUUGAUAUUGCUGCUAGAUUAUUAUCCCUGGGGAUUUGGAAUGCUCCAAAUCAUAGUUUAAAUGAUAAAUUGGAUUUAUAUUUCAAUGAUAUUGAUUUUGCUCCAUUAAUGAUUCAAGAAAAUUAUUUACAAACAAAUACAAGAUUACCCGGUAAGGCUAUUGAACAUGUUGCCCAAGCUGCUGAUGAUAUUAGUAUUUCCGAUUCAAUCAAUUCUUUAAUUAGAUCAAGUGAACAACAAUGGAGUUUAUUACCAUUCCAUGGAUUAAUGUCAACGGUUAAGCCUUCAUAUGAAGUAGCUGGGAAUAUGACUGGUAGAUUGAAUUUUAGUGGUUGGUUAGGACAAAAUUCUAAACAAAUGAAAUUUCAAAGAAUGUUACAAGAAAUACAAUAUCAUACUCGUAUUAAAACAUCAACUACAAAACAAGAAUUACGUCUUGAUUAUUUACCGGUACUUUAUAAGAAAGUAAGUACCCCAUUAAAAUCAUCUGAUUUUGAAGGGGCAAUUGAAGUUAUGGAUGAAUACUUUUUAACUAAAGAAGAUCUUGAUAAUAUUGGAGAUAUGUUAAAACAAGAGAUUAAACUUGAUAGUAAAGCGAAAGGUGCAUUUACUCGUGCAUAUAAUCUGGCAGUUCAUCCAACUGUUAUUUAUAAGACAGGUAAUUCUGUUUUGAAUGGUGGUAGGAAAGCUGGUGCUACAGCUAAGGUUGAUUAUGAAGAUGUUGUGGAUGAUGAUAUGGAGGAUAUUCCUGAUGAAGAAGUUGAGACUGAUUCAAUUGAUACUAAAAAGGAUAAAUUAAUUAAGGUUGCAACUAAACCUAAGAGGAAAGCUACUAGUGGGGGAGGGGCUGCUAAAAAGAAACAAAAGCGUUAG